AUGUCUGUCAAUUGGGUUAUGCUCGCCGAGAAUGGCGGUUACACUCCUCUGCCCGGCGAACAGACGCUGUAUCAGUCGCCGCCUCGAACUACCCUCUCCUUACAGACUACCAACCGACAACACCAGAGCGAGUCGUACUCACAACAAUGCAAGUCUGGCGUUGUAUUUCUCACAAACCGAAGGAUGAUCUACCUUCCUGUCAACCCCACGCCUCAACUCCAGUCUUUCGCUGUCCCCAUCCUCAACGUCACAGACUCGCGCGUAACUGCCCCAUGGUUCGGCGCCAACAAGUGGGAGGCCAUCGUCCAGCCCGUCCAAGGCGGCGGCAUACCACCUCAACACGCUGAACUGGAUCUCGUCAUGGAAUUCAAGGAGGGCGGUGCAUUCGAUUUCGCAAGCAUAUUCGAGAGACUAAAGGAGCGGUUACGGCAAGCUGUGGAUGUAGCUCGGGAAAGUGGCGGCGAUGUCGUGGAUGCAAGUCGAGGCGUUGGAGGUGUCAACAUGAACAACGUACAUUUGGAGGACCUACCAGCGUACGAGGAGAGUCGGCAGCAUGCUCGGGUCCCCGACCCGCUCCCUAGUCCGCCCAUAGAUAGCCCUAUGGGCGGUCCUGUUAUCGCGGCAUCUGAGCCCACCAGCCCACGAACAUCGAGCCCGCCUCUGUCAAGCCCACGGACGCAAUCAGGACACUUUGAGCCGCCAUCAGAUCCACCGCCAGGCUAUGAGGAGGUACAGAGGGGUAGCAUUGCGGACGCGCUGGAAAGACAGGUCAUGCUUACAGUCAGCAGCCGCAGCAACAGCACCGGCUCCCCAUUGUCUAGCAUGUGA